ACGCCUUCGAAGACUUUCGUAACCUAUGACCUUCGAUUCGUCCCUCUCAGCAAAUUGGUCAUGCUCUGACUCCGAGUGGACUCUGAAGAAGACAUUGAACGGCGCAGUCGGUGCGCCCUCUAGACACCUUCAGCCGACACUCUUUACCUUAAGAAAAAGCGCAGAGCCGAGUCACGACCCUCCGCACCCCCGUACCUCACGAAACUGAAAAUCUUCGUCGCCUUUGUUUGUCCCAAGACGAUGGAAUCGUAGGCUCCCUUCCCUGUUCCCUCCCAGAUGCGUCGGCUCGUUCUCGGAUCCGUGAAAUUGGGACCCUGUUUCGUAUGCAGAGAUUUAGGGAGCAAUUCGACCCGCUGGACUCUGAACAUCAUAAAUGAUGAAGUAGACGCUUAUGCUUGAGAACCGUGUUCCAUUCGUCCAGAGGUCCGAGCUGGCUCCAUUAGAGCUCAGCAGGUGGGCGGAUUGCAAAUCUCUGGCGGUCUGCUGGAGACUGAGGAGCCGGCGAGUUCCAAUUUUAUCACAGCCCAUCUAGCAAGCUAGCUACCGUAGAGAAUCGAUCGAGCUGAGUCAUCUGAAACAAAGGACGCGAGUGAGUGAGGCAGGGGUGUGUGCACAUGAUCGUUCAGCGAAUGUUUAUUAUCAAAGGAAUCAGCUCGUUGGAUUUAGACCAAUAUCCACGAUAGAUGCAGAGAAGUCCGUCAAGGAAACGCUGUCGGUCCCACCCAACUAGAGACAUGAAAGGAUCAGACACGAGAUGGGGUUCAGUUCGCAUUCAGGUGUCGAGCAUGUUGUUUUGCUCCUUGCUGCUGAUGCACACCUGGAACGCAAACGCUGCCUUGUCUGCUGAAGAAGAAACUACACUCGAACUUGUGCGGGACCAUUUCGGACUGCCCAACUGGACCGGCGAUCCUUGCAUCACCUUGGAUUGGAUAAAAUGUUCCAACACAUCCACCACAUCCACCACGACAAACGUUUGGACCAUCAAUUUGACAGAGAAAAAUCUGACCGGUCAACUCCCGGCUUCAAUUACUCAACUACGACAGCUUCGAGAACUGAUUGUCUACCAGAACGAUCUCGUUGGCCCAGUACCAGAUCUCAGCAACUUGACCUUCCUCACAUUCCUUGACCUGAGUGAAAAUAACUUCACUGGACCAAUUCCAGACACAACCGCAUUCACCAACCUUUCUCAAAUAAUCGUAAGCGGAAACAAAUUCAGCGAUGGCUUCCCAGCAUCUUUAUUCAACCACACUACAAUCCGGAAGAUAAUGUCAAAUAAUAAUCCCAUAGGAGGUCCUGUUCCCGACUUCUCUGGAGUGACAUCUAUACGGGAAUUAUAUUUUGCCAUGACUCAGGUUGUUGGGAGCAUUCCUGCUUCGAUGGGGAACUUGACUCAGACAACACACAUAGAAUUUCACAAUAACCCCAAUAUAAGUGGAGUUCUUCCAAAUCUCACGGGAUUCCUCAGCCUUCAGUAUUGGGAUGCAAGCAAUUGUGAUUUAAGUGGCCCUCUUCCGGAUUUCAGAAAUGCAGGAGGAUUGAUUAAAGCGGCUUUUACGAACAACAACUUCAAUGGAACGAUAGCUCCUGCUUUCUUCCAACAUGACAAAAUAAGAUGGGUGAAUUUGGAUUCAAACCCUCAAUUGACAGGGGAGGUUCCAGACGUGGGUCUGCUUACGAGCGUUGAAGUCUUUAGCAUAAACAACUGUAACCUGACGGGACUUCUGCCUUCAUUCAAAAACAAUACCAAAUUGAUGUAUUUGAACCUUUGGAACAAUCGUUUCACAGGAUUUUCGGACCCUGACUUUUCACAUAUAACGACACUGGUAGUUUUAGAUGCACAGAAUAACAGUAUGACCGGAAGCUUACCUGAAGUUCCUCCAAGUUCGAGUCAAAUCAAAACGAGCGAACGUUUCCUCCAGAAAUUGAGACUUAACAACAACAGCUUUUCUGGGGAGAUUCCUAAGUCCUGGUUCAACCUUUCUUUCACCGAAAUAUUACGCCUCGACCGCAAUAACCUCAGCGGAGUCAUACCAAAGGAAAUCGGAAAUCUGACUGAUCUGCAGACCUUAAACCUGGCCAACAACUUUUUCUCAGGACCUAUCCCCGAGGAAAUAGGCCUCCUUACAGGACUUCAAACUCUGGAUCUGAGAAAUAAUAGUUUCAGUGGCACUGUACCUGAGUCGCUGGCUCUGAUUCCAAAUUUAACUCGAGUAUGGCUGGAUAACAACAACUUUACGGCAAUUCCGCAGGCUCUCAUAACUAAGCUGGGAGCGAACGUGACGUUUGCGAACAAUACCAAUAUUCAGAUCCUAACUUCGAGUACCAGCUCAUCUGGUCUUUCGACUGGAGGCAUUGUCGGAGUUGUAAUCGGAGCCAUAGUUGCAGGCAUUGCUGUCCUGUCCAUCUUGCUGUACAUCCACAAAAGACGACAUGCAGACGAUCUGUCUAGAGAGGACAUGCCGAAAUCAGCCAAGUUUUUUCGGCUGAAGGAUAUAAAAAAAAUGACCUGUAAUUAUAAAACCUUGAUCGGGAAAGGAGGGUUUGGAUCAGUCUACCACGGAAAAUUGUCAGAUGGUAAAGAGGUGGCUGUAAAAGUCAGGGCAGCUGAUUCUAAACAAGGAGUCGGAGAGUUUUUGAACGAGGUACGACUCCUAUCGAGGUUGCAUCAUCGCAAUCUAGUACCUCUUGUUGGUUACUGUCUCGAAUCACGCCAGCAGAUCCUCGUCUACGAUUACAUGUCGCAGGGCACUUUAAACGAUCAUCUUCAUCACGCAGGUACUCUGCCCUAUACAUCGGAAACUGCAUCAGCAGAUCAGUCUACGACGAGACCACCCCUCAGCUGGAAGACACGAAUCGAAAUUGCCAUCGGAUCUGCGAGAGGUCUCGAGUAUCUGCACAAGGACUGCAACCCACCGGUCAUACAUCGUGACGUGAAGUCAUCAAACAUUCUGCUGGGUGACAAACUGCAAGCCAAGGUCACAGAUUUGGGUAUUUCCAAACAAGUUCCAGAACUUGCGACUGAUGAUAUGGAACAGCAUACAAUGAGCGGAGUCUCUACCGCCAUCAAGGGCACCAUCGGCUAUUUGGAUCCUGAAUACUUCGUGCGACGCAAACUGACAACGAAGAGCGAUGUCUUCAGUUUUGGAAUCGUUCUUCUAGAGAUCAUCACGGGAAAGCGGCCUCACAGCGUUGACUUCUCUUUGAGUGACGACACGAACUUGAAUGACUGGGUCCGAGACGCUGUGGAUAUGGACGAGGUGGACCGCAUCGUCGAUCCUGCGCUGAAGGGCGGCUACGACGAAGAAGGGAUGAGGAAGGUCGCAGUGUGCGCCGUCCAGUGCAUCGCCCCGAGCGGCGGCGAGAGGCCGGACAUGGGCGAAAUCGUCAACGUGCUGACGGAGGCCCUGCAGUUGGAAGGAGGACAAGUCGAUCCUCCCGUCGACGGGAAUCCCGCCGAUGUUCACCGGAAAUUCAUAGACGAUGACUCGGUCCCGUUCUCCGGCCAGCUGGGUGUGCCGCUCAAACCCAAACCGGUGGACGAGGUCGACCCAACCGACCUAUCCGACGUGUCGUAUCCGACUCAGUCGACCAAGUCCUACGGUCCCUGAUUGGUCUUCGUCCCUCCCGGAAGAGGGCCACCGCGACGUCGCAGCUUCAGGCUGUCGUGGAGUUUUGUUCUUCAGUGUAUAUAAGUCAGACGUGCGUGCGGUUUUCGAUUUUUAGCACUCCAGAUGUGUUGAUAGGCAAAUUGUGCACAAAACCGUUAGUUCUAAUCAUACUGUCAGGCCGCGUGAUGAUGCCCGAGUUAUUACAGCCAGUAAUUGGCACCUCCCCGCAUCUGAAUACUCUUCAACACUCGGUCCUGUGAUACUGCACGUAGAGAAGGCGUAAUCUUGUAGGCUACAUGUGAGGAGGAAGGGGAACAAAUUGCUUCGAAAGAGCGAGAGAUCCGGUUAGAAUUCUCUCGUAAGUAUGUCGUGCAUGAUAGAGUUUUGUAAAUCUCGACAUAUUAUUCGGUUAAAUUUCGGCCGGAAAGUGAAAAGCAAACGUAUACUAGUAUUGAUUAUCUUCCAUGUGGC